UCACGAUUACGAAGAAAUACGUGCAAGCUUGAAGCUUCUACGGCAGUUGCAGUGCCAUGAGACCCCGGGUGUUCCCCGAGUCUGCCGAUGUAAAGCAAGUCGCCGACUGUUAUCAGAACAUCAAGAUUCCACAUUGGCGACAUCAUCAAGAUUUCACAUUUUAUCUAAUACGAUAAUUGUAUAAGUACCAGUUACAGAGAGACGAUGAGAAUUAAGCUGUAUAGAACGGACUUCUAAUGUUUAAUCGACCGCAUAAUAAUCCUAAUGAGAAAAUAGCGGACACAGGAAGUGAAUUCUUGAACCAAGAAAAUACGAGUUAAAGUAAACCGCAAAUAGGUUUUUACUUGUAUCAUCUGCAGUAUAUAAACAUCCCCGAUUCCGUAGCAAAAUCUACAGUCGCUAUACCAACGUUCGGCAAACCAGUUUGAGUUCAUAAUAGUAAAGAAAACAAAAGAAUUUGUGUAUAUUAAGAUGCGUUUUGUUGUAUCUUUAUUAACUUUUUGCAUUGUUAUUGUCAAAGGAAAGGCUCAAUAUCAGCCUUACUAUGAUGACAGUUUUUAUCAAUAUCCAAGCUAUCCAGUAGCAGAAGGUCGAACCCCAAACCCUGGUUACGAGAAUCGCUUUUUACCGGGCUUUUUAUAUGGAUAUACAUCGACGACAGUUUCAACAACAACAACGACUACUACCUGUACGGUUUACACUAAUGUUGCCUGCCUUGCAUCCGGUCGCCGUCGAAGGUUUCUAGAAGACGAUGAUGACAUCGUCGAUCCUUCUCCUGUAAUCAAGGUUGAAACUACUGAACUUGCGGAGAUGGAUGUCAACAGGAAGGAACGCAUACCAAAUCCUCAAGAGGCAUUCGAGCGUGAAUCUGAUUAUCCGUAUUACGAGCUACGCUCAACAAUCGGCCAACGCCUUUCUCCUAACAGUUACAAUCCUUACAUUCGUCGUCCAGUAAUUGCAGCCGAUCCAAGAUUUUUAAUCUAUACUAUUGGUUUCAUCACGACAACAACUACAUAUACCUACACUGUAACUUCCAGGUCGACACCAGUUUGUUCGUCGGGCAGCGGUUUCAAUCAGUGUUAAAAUGCGCAUUCUAACACUGUUUUCUGACUUAAAAGAUGUGUGAUUUUGUUUCCAUUACUUACUUAUGACGAAAGUGUUAAGGCGAUAGCACGUAUAAGAAUUCUCAAGAGUUAAAAAAUCGAAUGGAUAAUUUUUUGUGCUCAGAGAUUGCAUGGAAAUAUACACAGCACUUAUAAUA